GAAAAACAGAAUUCAAUCAUUCAUCAGAUUCGAGAUCAUCAGUUUCAGGAUGAAUUUACGAGCUCUGGCGUCAUUCACAUUGGCACUCAUUGGCGCUGUUUUGGGUCAAAUAUAUGACUACCCAUUGGACCCGGGAGUGAUUUAUCCACAACUGACCUCUGUGCCAUUUCCUUUCCUAGAAUUAGAGCCAAAUUCUAUCAUCGGACUCCAUAAUAGUCAAUCCUUUGGAGAAAAUGUGGAUUUUUCAGUUGAUCAUUCCUUCCCUGAUGAGAAGAUUCCUCCAUCGAGCACUGGUAAACCUGUAGGAGGCCCAGAGAAAAUUUCCCUUGAUCCUUUAUACCAUGGGAUCAAAGAUGACAACCAGAAGCAGUAUCACUUCUUUGUGGCUCAAGAGGAACCUAAAACUCCCGAAAUUAAGCCAAUACCACCACCUCCUGUUCGCACCAAAAUCAUUUUCAUCAAAGCACCAUCGCCACCCAAGACAAAAAUUGUUGUUACCCCUCCAAGACAAGAGAAAACCAUAAUUUACGUUCUAGUAAAGAAACCUGAAGAACCGGAAAUUCAAAUUUCCCCUGCUACUACACAAUCACCGGAAGUUUACUUCAUCCGAUACAAAACCCGUAAAGGUUCACCAGGAAGUGAUCCGAACAAAGAGGAGCCUUCAGAAGAUGAUUCGCAGGAAGAAGACGAGGCAUUUUUCAAUUCUAAAAGGGCUCUCAGGAUAAAAAAGUCACACAAAAGUUGAAUGUUCAGCUUCAAACACCAAAUACACUGAUAAAAAUAUAAACCGAA